AUGUCGUCCAGUGUUCGUUCAUUUUUUCGUAGUAAACGUUCUCGUAGUAAAGAAAUAAAUAUAAUACAACAAAACUCUAAAGAAAUAGUAUCGCAACAGCCAACAACUAGGUUAACAAGUAUAGAAGAUAACCGUCCACGUCAUUUUCUUCUAAGUGAUGUUAAUGAAUGGAUAACAAGCAUGCAUUCUCAACGACAAUCUGUUAAUAUAAGCUGUUGUGGCGGUGAUGAUAAGAAAAAUGCUAUUAAAAACCAAGUAAACGCUCCGCGUUUAAGCAAAGAAACACCUGAACCCAUAAAACAAAAUCCUGAUCCAAUCGAAUCAGAUGAUCAUAAAGUCGAACACAUUGUUCAACAACAUGCAAUUAAAGUUGAUACUCAUGAUAAUUUACAUGCGAAACAAGAACUAACAAAAGCAAUAAUGAAUCAGUUAGUUCAACGAGCAUUAACUAGGCCAAUGAAUGUACAUAAUGAUGAUCCACCGCGGCUAUGUACCAAGAAACAUUGCUCAUUUGCUAAUGAACCAUUGACAAUCAAACCUGUCACUUGUGUACCUGGUAUUGGUCCAAAACAUGGAGAUUUAUGUGAAAAACAUGGAAUUAUUAUGGCUCAUCAAUUAUUAUCAAGGUAUAUGAUAAGUGCUAACGAUGAUGAAUUUAAAAAAUCUCUUGUUAAUCAACUUGGUUUUACACCAAAAUCAGCUACAAUGACACGAGAUGGACUUCGAGAAAUGAGACGUCAUUUGAUUUGA